UGCUAGGCGCCAGCUCAGAGGAACUAGCCCGGCCUGGGUAUACAGACGCACAAAGAGCUCCUCCGAGUACGAACAACAGGCGGUGAAGUUACUCAAAAUUCAUAUUUAUUUUUUUAGACGUGGAUAAGAGUGAACUUCAAGGGCAGAGUCUUGAGGUUUACUCUGGGAACUGACACCAACCCCUCAGAAUAUAAUGAGAGGAAAACGGGAAGACACAGAACCGAAGUCUGUUGCUCCUGAGGCGCCCAAAGAAAACACAGCACGACCGAGAAAGAGGAAGGCAGAUGUUGCCAUUUAUUUACAAGAUCUGGAUGAUGAUGAGGAGGUAGCAGAGAUGACGAGGAAGAAGCAGCGUGACUGUGAGCUGGUCUGGAGUCCUGGUACUGGUUACAAGAGUCCACACAGGUGGAUUCCCACGCCUGAUCAUGAAGAGGACCAACCUGUUGCUCUGAUAAAUGCAGGCUUCCCCCACUACAACUUUAACAACAUAUUUGUCACCCCCGUGCAUUGUGCCCCACUCCCUGCGCUGUGCUGGGCCAGUAAGGAUGUGGUGUGGAACAACAUGUUGGAGAAGGAUAAGACCUACACCAGAGAUGUGCAUGUGAUGGAGAAGCAUCCUCAUCUUCAGCCCAAGAUGAGAGCAAUUCUCCUGGACUGGCUCAUGGAGGUGAGUGAGGUGUACAAGCUGCACAGGGAGACGUACCACCUCGCUCAGGACUACUUUGACCGCUUCAUGGCCACACAGAGAAACGUCUUCAAAUCAACGCUGCAGCUCAUAGGCAUCACCUGUCUCUUCAUCGCUGCCAAAGUCGAGGAGAUGUAUCCUCCCAAGGUCCACCAGUUUGCCUACGUUACAGACGAGGCCUGCACGGAAGAUGAGAUUCUCAGUAUGGAAAUCAUUAUUAUGAAGGAGCUGAAGUGGAGUCUCAGUCCACAGACUCCCAUCUCCUGGCUCAAUGUUUACAUGCAGGUGGCCUACCUGAAAGAGACAGAUGACCUGCUCAUCCCCAGAUACCCCCAGACUACCUUCUCACAGAUAUCAGAGUUGUUGGAUCUCUGUAUGCUAGAUGUGCGUUGCCUUGAGUUUUCCAAUGGCACCCUGGCUGCUUCAGCCCUGUUUCACUUCUCUUCCUUGGAGCUGGUGGAAAACGUUUCAGCCCUGAAGUGGGUGGAGGUAGAGGAGUGUGUAAGGUGGAUGGUGCCUUUUGCCAUGGCUCUGCGGGAGGUUGGCGGGUUGCCCAUGAAAACAUUCCCAGGAAUCCCUGCAGAUGACAUGCACAACAUCCAGUCCCACGCCCCUUAUCUGACAUGGCUGGACAAGGCCUACUCUUACCAGGAUGUGGAGUUGGAGUGUCAUGGCCGGUGCUCUGUCCCUUCAGGCGUCCUGACUCCACCUCUGAGCAGUGAGAAAACUGAAGAGCUGGCUCGCGUGGACAGCACAAAACUGAAAGUUAUACCAAGGAUGCACGCGGCAUCUCCACAGCGGUCCCUUCCAAAGUAGCGAAGCGACCACUGAAACUGAUGAGACAACAGCAAAUUUUAAUUCGAUUUUUACGUUGGAGCUGUAAGAAAGGCGCAGCUCUGAUAUGUUGCCUCUGAACAGUGACGCCUCUGCAGCACCAGUACAGAUGUAUGAUGGAUUUCUGGUGGGGAAACACUGGAAGUGGUAUUUUCUCAUUUCAAAGUCAUGCUGAUUUACUUGGAUGCUUUUAAAUGUCUCUGAAGGGGGUGAAUACACUGACUUUGGAUAAAUUGGGGAAGUACUGACAAUCAGUGAACAAAUGGCUUUGAUCCCCACAGGAAUCUUUACCUAUUCAACCCUCCAGCUCGGGUGAAAACACAAAGCUAAGGGCCAGUAGGGAUGGGAUGGCCCGAGAGGAGAAUUUUUUUUUUUUUGUUUUUUUUUUUAAUAGCAUUGCACCCUGAUGCUUGCAUU